AUGUUUAUCAUAUCCAAAGGUGUUAUUCUACUAAUCAUGAUCAUCCAAUUUGUAACUACGGUAUUGCUUGUAUUUUUGUUACUUGGAUGUGUCGAUGCUUCCUCAAACUAUUCCAAUGUUUACUUGUUCAACUACAAGUUCAAUUCAUCAUCAUCAUUAUAUCAACAUUUAACUCUUGAUUCAAACUCAACAUCAACAAACAGCACUUCCACUACUAGUUCCUUUUUGGAUUCGGAUUUAUCCAAGAUAUCAGUCAAGGUUGGAUAUAUGGCCUUAUGUAUCUCUGCCAAUGAUUUCCAACAAUGUUCAUCUUACGUCGAUUUACAAUCGAUCCCACAACUCACAAUUUCCUUUUUUGAGACAAAGUUCAGUUUACUCGACAUUGCCCAAACGUUCCAUACUUUCAUCGUCCAUCAACGUUUACUAAUGGCAUCAAUGAUCUUUACAUUAGCAAUCCUAAUCAUAUUAUGCUACUUGGUCUUGCCAAUUUGUUUCGGAACAUUAACAAUCAAAAGAAUUGGUCUACUUUUAUCUUUCACCAAUAUGAUGCUUUGGGGAUUGGGCACUAUGUUGCAACAUCAACUGGUGAUUGCCACGACAAAGUUGUUGACUGGUGCAAGUUUUGAGGUUGUUGAAGUCGGGAGAGGACAACGUGCAGAGACAAUGACUUGGGUUUCUUUUAGUUUUUUGAUUGUUGUGUUUUUGAGUUUUGUAAUGAUGAAUUAUGCUGCUAUGAGGAAUUUGAGAGGCGCUAAUGGUAGUGGGAAAAAAAGUGUUAUUAUGGAAAAAGUCUGA